AUGAGUGAUCUACCACCAAGACCAUCCAUGCAGUCAUCUGUUUACAGCGAGCAACGCAUCACUCGUGCCAAGAGUAUCCUCGAAAAGAAUCUCAACAAGAGUAAAGGCGCCGAAGUGAGUUUAAGUGCGCAAACAUUCCUGUUCUCAGAAAUGCUGCAGUAUGCUCAGAAACGAGUCAAUGGUAUUCAAGAUCUAGAGAGAAAAUUGAAUGAAUUUGGAUAUCGUGUUGGGUCUCGUGUACUGGAACUGCUGGCUUGGAGAGAAAAGAGCGCCAAGAGAGAGAUCAAGGUGAUCCAUGUUUUGUACUUUAUUCAUAGCACAGUGUGGAAGGCAUUAUUUGGAAAGCAGGCAGAUUCGCUGGAAAAAAGCACAGAGAACGAAGACGAAUAUAUGAUUUCUGAUAAUGAGCCAGUGCUUACACGAUAUAUAUCCGUGCCAAAGGAACUCUCACAGCUCAAUUGCAAUGCAUUUGUGGCUGGCAUUGUGGAAGCAGUGUUGGACGGGUGUCAAUUCCCUGCUCGUGUCACUGCUCACACAGUGCCUCAAGAUGGAUUUCCUCAACGCACAACAAUUUUGAUUAAAUUAGACCAAGAGGUGCUGGAGAGAGAAGAGCUGUUAAAAUAA